AUGUCUUCAAAUUGGUGUAAUUACUUUGACGAAACCGAACCUGAAUAUUAUCGUUUUCUAGGCUUUUACGAAUACCGCUCAAAGCAAGUAGACUUUACUUUCUCUUUUCGGACGGAAGCCUACAAACUUAAAAUGGAUCUUGAUUGUCUCAUCGAAAAAGGCACGGAGGAAAUGAAGAAAGUUGCUACAGAGGGAGCUCUCAUAGCUAAGGUGAUACCGGAAUGCUGUCUACCUUAUGGUCGGAAUGUCCGCUAUGGGAAAUUGGAACCCUGUACAACUACGGUGACAUCGGAAUGCUGUCUACUUUACGAGGAAAUAUCAAAAUAUAUAAAUUGUACUAAUCAAAUGUGGAAGGACGUAUUACAUAGACCUCUAACACCCGUGACCUUACCGAUUAAUGUUCAACUUAUUAUAAUGGAAUAUAAUACACUCUUAACAGAUAGAAAGGUUUUAAGAGAAAAGUGGCGUCAAAACUGGGCCAAAUGUGAUGCUUCGAUGACUGAAAAAGAAGCCAAAAUUUUUGAAUGUGUGCAACUCGUAACUAGGAACUUUUUUUUGAAUAUAUCAUCAUCAAGUAGCACUGGUAGUAAUGUAAUGGACGAAGACACUUUCGUUCACAGAUACUGCCAUUUAAUGUUGGAAGAGACCUUUAAUGUGACGAAUUAUAAACUUUUCUGGGCUAAUGGAGAAUUAAGUAGCUCAAAGGAACGACGAAAAUCUGAUGGUAAGAAGCAUGGACGGAAACCAGAUUUUCGAUUAAAUUUUGAAGAAAAAAACGAAAUUGUCUUUGGAGAAAUUAAACCGCCUUGUAUUGCAAAUAAUGUAAUAAACCAUGCUUUGAUCAAACUUGGCGAAUUCAUGAAAGGUUCGCUAGAUUCUCUACAUGAACGAUUUGGGUACUCUCAAUAUUCGGAAACAUUUGGAAUCAUCAUUAAAGGAUGUCAAGUUGAGCUGUUCGGCAUGGACCUUGCAUUUGAUGGAUUAUACCGUUUCAAAAAGAUUGGAAGGGCAUUAUUACCUACCGAAGACGCUAAUUUUUUAAAUAUAGUUUCUGUCAUCUCAAACUUUUAUAGUUUGUUGGUAAGAGUCUAUUACUAUAUUCCUCAAGCGAGUUGUUACAUAGUGUAUUUGUUAAUGUUAAUUAUUUCUUUUAUUCUGGAAAAAGCUGAUCGUUCGAUUGAGGAAUUGAAUAGACCGUCUACUCCCACUGGUCAGUCAUACCAUAGAGAAUCAAACUCAUUUCCCCACAAAGUUCAUAUCCCAGUUUUAAAAAUCCCGCCUCCUGCAUUAUCUGAUUAG